AUGACUAAUGAUCAUUCUAACUUAGCAAAGUGUGAUAAAUCUGAAAUAACUAUUGAUUCAAUGAAAAAAUUAUUUAACUGUGAUAUAUGCCAUAAAAAUUUUGAAAAGAAAAAUACAUUUACCAGGCAUUAUUUAUUACACAAUGAGGAUAAUAAGAGUAUUUACAGCUGUGAAGUGUGUAAUAAAGAAUUUAAGGACAAAAGCAAUCUAAGAUGUCACAUCGCAAUUCACGCAGAAAAGUAUCCGUUCUGUUGCAAAAUUUGCAAUAAGAACUUUCGCUUAAAACAUCAUCUAAAAUUGCAUGCCAAAUCACACACUGAUAAAAAAGUAAUUAUUGAAAGUAAAACAAAUAUAGAAAAUAAGCUGCAGCAAAGAUUUUCAUGUGAAAUUUGUCAUAAAACGUUUGUUCGCAAAAGUGAGUUUGUUAGGCAUUGUCGUGUACAUGCUGAAGUGAGACCUUAUAUUUGCAAGAUUUGUGAUUCAGGAUUUAAACACCAAUCUAACCUUAGGAGACAUGUAAGUAUUCAUGACUCAGCUAAACCAUACAAAUGUGAAUUGUGCUCUAAAAGUUUCAGACUACAGAUUUACUUAAGAAGACAUACAUUGUUACACACUGAAGAUUUGCUUUACUUCUGUGAAAUGUGUAAUAAAGGGUUUAAGAGAAGUAGUGUCUUAAAAGAUCAUUAUCGUACUCAUACUGGAGAAAAACCUUUCAUUUGCCCUGUCUGUAAUCGAAGAUUCGGACAAAGAAGUGGUCUUAAAGAACACUCCUACACUCAUUCUAAUGUGAAACCUUACGUUUGUGAAUUGUGCAAUAAAAAUUUCCACUCAAAGGAGUUGUUGCAACGUCAUUCAUUUAUGCACACUGGAAAGAAACCUUACACAUGCACGUUAUGUGACAAGAGCUUUUCCAGAAGUUGGGGAUUGCAAGAACAUUUGCUUGUGCAUUCGGAAGAAAAAUCCUUUUACUGUAAGGUUUGUAAUAAAGGGUUUAAACGUAAAAGUAAUUUAACCACUCAUAUUCGAAUACAUACUGGCGAUAAGCCAUUUGAGUGUGAGAUAUGCAAUAGACGAUUUACACAAUCUGGUGAACUUAAGGAGCACUAUUAUUCACAUACUGGUGAAAAGCCUUACUCCUGUGAACAAUGUGGCAUUAAUUUCUGCAGAAAUUCCGCUUUAAAAAGGCACAUGAAGCGAAAACAUUCUAAAUAA